UUCCGUUUCAGUUGUGAGGAUAAACAAAUUUUCUUUUAACAGUUGAAUCCUUUGUCCAAUGUUUUAGAUAAGAAAUGGAAUGUGAAUAUACUAAAGACAGAUUAAGUGAAGCCCUUGUCCUCGCAAGAACUAGAGCAACUGAUUUCGAAAGCGUGAAAAAGCUCAACUUCUGGGGAUCUGGCAUCAGAGAUGUGAGUGUGGUAAAGAAACUUCCAAAUUUAGAAGUAUGUAGCUUAAGUGUGAAUAACAUAUCGACAUUGGAGGAUUUUGCAGAGUGUGAAAAUCUCAGGGAAAUAUUCAUAAGAAAAAAUAAGAUUGAAGAUUUAUCAGAAAUAUGUCACUUAAAGACAUUGCCAAACUUGAGGAAUUUAUGGUUAGCAGAUAACCCAUGUGAUCAGACAAAAAACUACAGACAAACUGUGUUAAAAACUCUUCCAAAUCUUCAAAAGUUAGACAACAUAGCUGUGUCAGAAGAUGAACUUGCUCAAGCUCAGGAAGAUGGUAUAGACUUGUCACUUGAUGGAGUUCAAGAUGAAGAGGUCAACAAUGAGAUAACAGAUGAAACACAGCAAGAAAUUAAUAAUGAUGAAGAAGAAAAUAAGAUAGACGAAACAGAAAGUGAAAUUGACACUAAGUCUUCUAAAAAUGAAACUCCUAUUGCAAACGGUGCUACUAAAAAAGAUAUCAAUAAGAAGAAAGAACAGAAGACGAAAGAAAAACCUCUUGAAGAUUCCAUGUUAGACCCAGUUACAUUGUCUUGGGAGGAAACAAAUAAAAUCAGGGAAGAGUUGGGAUUGAAACCUUUACCAUUAGAAAAGAUAACAUCUCCUAGACCAGUACGGAGCACUAAAGAAAAAUCGAGGAAUGCCCAUGUGUUACAAGCUGUUUUGCUUCUUUUAAGAGAACUUGAUAAAGACCAUCUUGCGAUUGUUCAGAGCACGAUACAGAGGAUGAUGUCAUCAGACUCUUGAAACACAGAUUAAUUUUUUACACUUUAAACCAUUCAUAAAUGGUUUAUUCUGUAUUGUUUGCUUAUAAGACAUACUACAAGAAAUAGAUGCUGUGAUCGUUGCAUGCAACUUGCAUUUAUGUAUUAAUUCCAUGUUACCAGAAUGAAAUAUAUUUUUCAUUUUUUUCAUUUGAAUUAUAUUUUGUGUACUACUCCUGAUAUUGUUGCAUGGGAAGUUAUACAAAGUAUUAACUAUAAAAGCAUUAUUAUAAACAUGAGGGUCUGGUUGGGGUUUACAGAAUAGACAAAAAAACUGGGGAAGAAGUGCAGAAUAAAGGGCCAAAAAUAUAAAAAAAAAAUAGACCAAAGUAUAAAGAAUGG